AUUCCGUGGCCUUGGUCUUGAUGCAAGCCGUCUGUUGAGCUGAGCUGGCCUUGCGCCGCUUUCGAUCUAGUCAAGCUCAAACCAGCCCAUCAUGUUUGGAGGUUCAAGGAGGCAUCGUCCUCCCACUCAGCCGUUGACCCGGGAGACUGCCAAUCCCAACGCUGCGACAGCCGCCGCAUCGGCCUUUCUAAGGCGUGAAUCAACGCCAUCUCUGUCAUCAGCUGCUGCGGCUGCAGCUCUCAAGGCUCGACCUACAACCCCCACCAAUGUAUCGCAGGUUCAAUCGAAACGAGUUGCGCGGAGGAGCGCUUCCGUCUCGUCUACAGGAAGUCGGGACAGGAGGAGUCGGGAACUGCAUCGAUCACCGAGCGCAAGUUCUAUGACAGAACGGACCUUUCGAUCACCAUCACCCUCACCAGCACGGGUCGCUGCCCCACAAGCUCAAGAUGUUCCUCCGGUGCCCAAGAUCCCCCAGCAUGAGCACAACAAGGCCAAUCCGAAGAGCUCGACCCACAAACGAGCAACAAGCUUGCAAACGCAACAUUUCCAAACGGCGAGCCAAAAGAUGAAAAACGGCCAAGUUCAAGGUUCAUGGUUUGGAGCAGCUACAGGGAACGAUUUGUCUAACGUGCGUCGCGCCCCUGUGGCUGAUAAACGGGCAUCUGCAGAUAUACGACCAAGCAGCCCGAACUCUAUCAAUUUCUCGUAUCCUCGUUCCAUGACAGAGUCGCCAAGUCCAUCAAGCAAUGCCAUGGUAUACGACCCUAAUUCGCGACGGAUGGUUCCUCAGGCACAACUUUUAAUGAUAGAUCAAACUGUCCGUGAUGCAUCAGAGAAGCCCGUUCGCAAGCAAAAGCAUGAUGGAUCCAGGACUGGCACUCACUUGUCCAAGGGCACCGUCGGAAGACUCAAGGGCACUGCAGUCGAACCAGCAUCACCACCACCAAAGGCAGUCGCAAGCCCACGAAGUCCUUCGGAUACUUACGUCGCGACAACCCAACAGCCUGAGCACCUCAAGCAGGCCAGUCGCCCAGAAGCUGACCCUGAAUCUGAGCUCGAGUCAGAUCUCGAAUCUGAGCCAGAAACCAAGCGUGAGGCGAAGCCUGACACCAGUUCCAAUCUGUUAACCGGGCAAACAUUAAUUCAACAAGAACAAGAGCCAGAUGUCGAGACGCCGAGGCAUCCGAAUCAGACUACUGUAAGCCCACCAGGAGUGACGAAGCCCGAAGCGUCGGUUAGAAAGCGUCCUUCUGUAGUGCAUGAAGACCCUGAACUAGAGGAGGAGGAACAACGUGAGGCUGCCCAGCCUCCGAGUACCCACGAACACCCGAUGGAUGGAGUUGAUGCCAUCCCUGUGAAAUCAACCUCGCCACCUCAACAGGCACAGGAAGCUACACCAAUCUCAGGUCCCAGUGAGACUGUGCGCCGAAAUCGAGUGCAUUCUGAAAGUCCUGCUCGCAGCCCUGCCCGUACAACCCAUUUUGCUCCCAAGACCGAUCAGCUACUCGUUAGGCAUGAGCCGCCUCCAAGGUCAUUGUCGCCACGAAAAUCCGCUCUUAAGUACUCAAGUCCUCGGGAUGCAUCUCCCUCAGAAGAUGGCUCAGAUGCGUCUGCUGCCUGGUCAGGUAUGGCUGGGCGUGAAGAAGUAGAACUUUCACGGAAGAAGAGCGUCAGGGUGAGCUUCGAUGACGGAAAUACGGCUGUUAUCGGAGAGUCUGUUCCAUCGUCAGAUACAGAUUCACCACAAAUUGCCAGCCCACAGUCAAGGAAGUCUUGGCAUAGCAUCAUCGGGCGGAACAAAAGAGACUCAGUAACUCUGGACGAGGACGAAACUAUGACUCCUCGUCCUGCUCUCCCCUCUUUUGGGAGUAUUCGCGAGAAGAAGGUCAGGGAGCCUGAGGAGCGACCUUUGGUUCGCCCUAUGGAGAGAUCGGCUUCACUUCCAGCUACAGAUUCAUUACCUUCAGAAUCGAAUAACAAGGCGCCUGCCCAAGACUUGGCGCAGUCAAGUGAUCUGGCUAUUGGGUCGGUCUUGGCACAGGAACAGGCCUCUCGCAACGAAGCUAAUACUUCCAGAUACCGGGAACCACUUCCCCCUGUGGUCACAUCUGUUGAUGGCCAAGGGUAUAUCAGCAACAGUGACCUGAGCUCUGAUGACGAAUCCGAAUCAGGCGAUGUAUCAAGAUCCCAAGCUUCUGCCGAACCUGUAUCCGAAACCCAAACAACUAUUAGCAACCCGGUCAGCCCCGCUGAGAGUGAAUUGGCCAAGUCCAGUCCAAGCGACAACAUACCAACCAUAUCGAUAAUACAACCUAGUCCCCGAAUCCCCGAUGAGAACCAGGCAGAGUCGCCGCAAGACUUCUUUGAUGUUCCAGGGGGCUUUCCAACAGGCCCGAGUAAUCCUUCCAGUGAGAGGGCAAUCUCCGAGGACACCAAGGUAUCCUCGUCAGAGCCUCGCCCAAGUCAACCACCUAAAGGUGUUGAUCAGCCCGCGCCAAUUGCGACUCGUCGGUCCUUCGAUUCCACCAGCGCAGUGUCUUCAAGCUCUCAGAUGCAUGACAUCCAGGAAGAGUCAGAGGAGUCAGAUGGGAGCAGCAUCUACAGUGACGCCUACGAGGAUCUCUCUGACAUGGAAGGCGAUGGUUUCUUGUCCCUUGAUGCUGUAGUCGACAGCCCAGUCGAAUCAGCAUUCUCUCAAAAGGUGUUUGAGAAGGCCAUUGCAAAAUCUAAGGAAACCAAUGCGUCUCAGCAAUCCACGCCCACUAAGACUCCAUCUCAGAAACCCCUUCAAACGCCCAGUGAUUGGGAAACAGCAAAGGCUUACUGGAGAAGUUUGAGCCCAACAGACAGACGCCAGCUUGAGAAGGAGGCCAUGGAAGAAUCUGACGAGGAAGACAUUCCAGCAGAAGCAGUACAACGCUCAAAACCCAAGACAAAGACCCAAGCGAAGCAAAAACAGAGGCUUGUGGAAGAGCCUGUGCAAGAGCCUAUGGGGACUUCGGAAGAUGCACCUGUCUCAGAAAAGCUUCGUAAUCCAACCAGGGUGUACCAAAUCCAACCAGGCACUAGCUGGGCUCGUGAUGAGGUUGAGAAGCCUCGUGUUAAGUCACCAGUUCUCGACAAAGCAAAGCAGAGUGGAGGUGCCAAACUGCGAAAAUCAAUGCGGGCUAGCGAGGCUACAACAGUCAGUCAUCCCGAACCAGUUCAAACUGGCGGCAUGCGCAAAUCUAUGAGAUCCGGCGCUGCUCCUUCGAGCCCUCAGAGCUCACACGAUGGGCAUUUACGCAAGUCUCUUCGUGAAGAGCCUGAGACUACUACGACUGGUGUUGCGAUGCGCAAGUCACUUAGGACUAAUGGUUCUGCGGCUAAUGGGCACAAUACUGCUCCAACUCAGAGAAAUGGUGGUCGGCCAACUUCUUAUCAACCAGCGACCACGUCAGAAUCGGUCAAAUCACAGCGUCGAGCGCAUUCUGAAGACAGGGGUCCUACUAUGCGAUCUACUGUGAAGCCAACCCUUACACGCCGAGGAUCUGACUCAAGCGAAAGCAGUUUCCGGCGUGCAAAGGUUGGCGGCGGAGAAGGCUUCGGCUUCCGUAAGACAAUGAGAGGAAGUACACAGGAACCAGCGGCAUCAGCACCUCCACCAGAAAGUGCAAGGGGUAGCAGUCGAUUCAGCCUUCGAUCUCUGUCACCUACAGGAUCAGCUUUCCGCCGUAAUUCUAACACUAGCUCUCCCCCUCCAGUUAUGAUGGGCGGCCGUAUGCGUCAGUCACUACGUACUGAGUCCAGUGAUGCUGGGUCCUCUCGCAUGCGGGUUUCUGGCUUUGGCCGCUCUUCCAAGGGGAAGAAAUCCAAGAGCGGUAGCCGCUUCGAUGAUUCGAGUGAUGAGGAUGAGGGCCGCCCAGCAUUCAGAAGUCGUUUUGUCGACUCAAGUGACGAGGAUACCCCUUCACCGCUCCCCAAGCAGAAACGCGUACCCAAAACAAUGCGCAGUUCGGCGUCAAACAAUGCCGCCGCCGCCGCCACGGGAGUCCCGCCUGCCCGUGCAGGUGUUCAAGACUCUCCUGAUCUUCCCGACAGCGAUGACGAGGAAGAGCAACCUCGACAGAAUCUUGCUUCCAAUGGGACGGCGAACGCAGCCCCUCGGGCAACAUUGAGUCGAAGCGGUUCGGGACGAGACGCGAUUGCGCCGCAGGCUAACAGCGUUGAGAUAACAGGCGGACGGCUAGGUCAUAAACGCCGUGGCAGCUUUAUGUCGUCCAUUUUGCGUCGCAAGAAGGAUCCUGCUGACAAGAUCUCUCGAAGCACGGGUGAAAGCGCAUCGCGCCGGGACACACACCUGGAACGAGGCCCAGAACGACUUGCUUUUAUUCGAAGCAACAGUGAGAGCCAGGCACACAGCUCGCGUCUACACAAGCGCGGAGCAAACUGGCCUCUCCAGGACCAUCAGAACACUCAUGAAGAGGAGGAUCAGUUCGACGACGGCUCUCAAAACACAUACGUCGUUGACGAAGAGAAGCGCCCAUCUACUGCUGGCGGUGUGGGCCCUUCUCCAUCCUCCCCAACAACAAAGACAGGCUUUCUCAAGCGUCGCAGUACUUCCCACAGCCAAAUUGGUGCUGCCAAUCAUGGCCUCUCAGCUUCAAUCGAUGGCUCAGAGGUCGGCACACCCAAGAAGAAGAAGUUCGGAACACUGCGCAGGAUGUUCAAGCUUGAUGAGUAGUGACGUCUAUUCUUGCGCUUUCUUGUGGCACCCCUUUUCUUCGUACCAUUACUAUACUACACACAUCAACAUCUUUUGUCCUCUUUUGAGAUAACACACUCGCUCCAUCAUCUCUUUCUUCACAAAGCGAAUUCUCAUUCCAUCCCCUUCUAUAACGCGUCACCGAAGUUUUUGUAUUAAUUAACGGAUUAGAUGGCUUACCUUGAAUGACUGGUUAAGUCGGUUGGACAAAACAUAC